UUUUGCAUUAAAGAACUUUCUAGGGUUCUGUUAUCCUCUUUCCAAUUGAACACCACAACCCACUUCCUAAAACUCCUUUUGCACUCAUUUUUUCUUCUUCCGUAAUUAAAGAAAUUGAAAAAAUGGCAACGACGCAGCUCACUUCCGCCGCAUCUUCAAUUUCAGCAAAGGGGUUUACUUCAUUCGAAGGUCUAAGGGCUGUAAAAAUCUCAUCUUUUUCACCUCUGAACCAGAAUUGUCUCUCCCUCCGCUCAUUCCGCCGCGGCGCCGCCCUUGUCGUCAAGUCUGCUACUACUGUUGCCCCAAAGUACACUUCGCUAAAGCCGUUAGGCGACAGAGUGUUGGUCAAAACCAAGACGGCUGAGGAGAAGACUACAGGCGGUAUCUUACUACCGACCACGGCACAAUCGAAACCCCAAUCGGGCGAGAUAGUUGCAGUUGGAGAGGGUCGUGCGAUCGGAAAGACCAAAGUUGACCUUAGUGUGAAGGCUGGGGCCAAAGUGGUGUACUCAAAGUACGCAGGGACGGAAGUGGAAUUCGAAGGAACUAGUCAUCUCAUCUUGAAGGAGGAUGACAUUGUCGGUACACUAGAAACGGAUGAUGUCAAAGACAUGAAGCCUCUGAACGACCGAAUUCUCAUAAAGGUAGCUGAGGCUGAAACGAAAACUGCCGGUGGCCUGUACUUAUCAGAUGCAAGCAAAGAGAAGCCCUCAAUUGGCACAGUUAUCGCGGUAGGCCCAGGCCCCUUUGACGAGGAAGGGAAGAGGAGUCCAUUGUCGGUUGCUGCAGGAAAUACGGUUUUGUACUCGAAAUAUGCGGGCAAUGAUUUCAAGGGUGUCGAUGGUUCGGAUUACGUUGCGCUAAAGGUCUCUGACGUGAUGGCUAUUCUUUCGUAAACGGUUACGAGUCUGCUCAUUUUUGUUUAAAUAUCUGGAGAAGAAAGGAUAUAAAUGAAAACAUUCUUGUAAUUUAGACAUGGUUAUUUUUUUACUGUCUGCAAAAAUAAAGCCGAAACAAAUUUCGCUAGUUUCUUGUCAUU